GAAACAUGACUGUCGUGUCUUUGCUUACACAGGUCUCGUCAGUAGAAGAUGGCAAAGCCCAGCCACAGCAGCUAUGUCCUUCAGCAGCUGAACAACCAGAGAGAGUGGGGCUUUCUCUGCGACUGCUGCAUUGCUAUCGACGACAUUUACUUCCAAGCACACAAAGCCGUCCUAGCUGCUUGUAGCUCCUAUUUUCGGAUGUUUUUCAUGAACCAUCAGCAUAGUACUGCACAACUGAAUCUCAGCAACAUGAAAAUAAGCGCAGAGUGUUUUGAUCUCAUUUUGCAGUUCAUGUAUUUAGGAAAGAUUAUGACUGCUCCUUCCAGUUUCGAGCAGUUCAAAGUGGCCAUGAACUACCUCCAGCUGUACAACGUUCCUGACUGCCUAGAAGACAUACAGGACUCGGAUUGCUCUAGUUCAAAAUGUUCGUCUUCUGCUUCCAGCAAACAGAACAGCAAGAUGAUUUUCGGGGUAAGAAUGUAUGAAGACACAGUGGCUAGGAAUGGCAGCGAAGCCAGUAGGUGGUGUGCGGAGCCCAGUUCAACAGUGAAUACACCGCACACCAGAGAGCCCGAGGAAGAGUCCUUACCGAUAGCGAGCUUUCCUGAGCCGCUGUUUGAUGUGUGCAAAAAGAGUUCUGUGUCCAAACUAUCUGCUCCCAAGGAGCGUGUGUCCCGACGCUUUGGACGGAGUUUUACCUGUGAUAGUUGUGGAUUUGGCUUCAGCUGUGAAAAAUUGCUGGAUGAGCACGUGCUGACCUGCACCAACAGACAUUCGUACCAGAACACAACAAGAGCUUACCACCGGAUAGUGGAUAUCAGAGACGGGAAGGACAGUAGCAUCAAAGCUGAACUCGGUGAAAAGGAGUCUUCCAAAACGUUUUCUGCACAGACAGACAAAUACAGAGAAGACUCGAGCCAGGCGCCUGAUGAUUCAGCUUCGACCACUGCAAGCAGAAAAGGCACAGUGGAGUCUGGGCUAGCUGGUGAAGAAAAAAGUAGAGCUGCUGAGACGAAAAGAAUUAUCAUCAAGAUGGAGCCAGAAGAUAUUCCAGCGGAUGAGAUGAAAGACUUCAACAUUAUUAAAGUCACUGACAAAGACUGCAAUGAAUCCACUGACAAUGAUGAAUUAGAGGAUGAGCCUGAAGAGCCGUUUUACAGAUACUAUGUUGAGGAAGAUGUUGGCAUUAAGAAAAGUGGUAGGAAGACCCUAAAACCUCGGAUGUCCAUAAGCGUGGAUGAAAGAGGUGGUUUAGAGAACAUGAGACCCCCUAACGGCAGCAGUCCAGUACAGGAGGACACGGAAAACGCUUCCUGUGAGCUGUGUGGACUGACGAUCACUGAGGGGGACCUGUCAUCCCACUACUUAGCCAAACACAUCGAGAAUAUCUGUGCGUGCGGUAAAUGUGGACAGAUCCUUGUCAAGGGCAGACAGCUUCAGGAGCAUGCUCAGAGAUGUGGAGAGCCCCAGGAUCUGACAGUGAAUGGGCUAGGGAACGCUGACGAGAAAAUGGACAUGGAGGAGAACCCCGACGAGCAGUCUGAGAUAAGAGACAUGUUUGUGGAAAUGCUAGAUGAUUUCAGGGACAGUCAUUACCAAAUAAACAGUAUCCAGAAAAAACAGUUAUUUAAACAUUCUGCUUGUCCUUUUCGGUGUCCUAAUUGUGGCCAGCGUUUUGAAACUGAAAAUUCAGUGGUGGAACAUAUGUCUAGCUGCCUAGAACAAGAUAUGUUCAAGAGUGCCAUCAUGGAAGAAAAUGAAAGAGAUCACAGACGAAAACAUUUUUGUAAUCUGUGUGGCAAAGGAUUCUACCAGCGGUGUCACUUGAGAGAACACUACACUGUUCACACUAAGGAAAAGCAGUUUGUUUGUCAGACAUGUGGAAAGCAGUUUCUAAGAGAGCGUCAGUUGCGUCUGCACAAUGACAUGCACAAAGGCAUGGCCAGUGGUGCAAUAGGGCCUCCUAAGCCUCUGGAGAAGUGACAGAUCUGAAUAUGGAGAGGACAUGGGGAAGAAUUCACUCUGCAACAGAUAAUCUUUAAGUGCAGACCCAGGAAAUCAGAUCUGACGUGGCACCAUCUUUUCUGUCUUCCUGACAAACGUCAUCAUUCCCAAAGUUCCAGUGGCAAAGAUCCAAGGAAACUCAAUAAAGAUCCCUUUGGAAUCACUUUGUUGUAACAAAACUGAUUCACGGUGACUGUCCUAGCACCUAUGGAAACUCUGCUAAAGAAAAGUGACUGUAGAAGUCAUGUGACAUCAGUGACCAGAGCGCCACUAAGAUGAAACUUUAUGCCAUGUGUCUUCACCGUUCCCUUCUAGAAUGAAAGGGCUUGCUAGACUACUGUGCAUACAUUAUAAAGGGAGGUAAUUACAUAUUUUCAUGAAUACGUCAUUCAAAACUUAAAAUAACCACAAUAAUAGCUUAUAUAUUAGGAAAUGUAGUUAAGCAAUUUAAAAGGAUACUAAAAAUAUCUGUAGAGUCUUAAGUAAAAAGAAAUGGGUGCAGAAAAAGAAAAUCCAAGACCAAUUUUUUAACAAGAUAAUGUAGCUGGGGCGGAAACGUGGCACUAGGCUUCCUUUCUCCCUGUGAGCCAGUGACACACUUGCUUCUAGAGAUUAGUGAAGCUUCUUACUAAUAGUCUCUCGAAGAACAGAGGAGCGUUAUUACUCAGUAGUCGUAGACUUUCACAAAUAAUACAUUUUCUUCUUCUGACCUUACCAAUACAAUCCCAUAGUGUAGAAGAAAUUUCUGGUACUCUCAGAACUAGUGUAUCCUGCCAUGUUUAUCUUCAAAUUUCAAAAUUAAGUAUUAAAUGAAAUGAUAAUAUGCUUAUAAAAAUUAAAAAAAAAAAACUUUCCUCAGGAAACUACUUAGUGAGAUUUGAGUCUGGCUAUGGCUGCAAACGCUUUGCUACACACACACAUUUCUUAACCACAUGAAUCAUAUGGCCAUAUUAUUUCCUUAUUGUGAAAAUGCUUUCUUUUACUUUUUUGUUAACUGUGUGACUAAUUCCUUAUUGCUUCUUUGUUUUUGUGUGUAUGUAAUAUCAAAUGUUUAAAUGCUUACUUUGUUUUUAUGCAAAAUUUUUGAAAUAUUUUAGUAAGUUACACAAAGAAACCUGUCUUAGGAAAUGAAAAGUGUGGUGGCUCACACCUUUAAUCCCAGGACUUGGGAAGCAGGGGCAGGUUGAUCUCUGUAAGUUCAGGGCCAUCCUAGUCUACAUGAGUUCCAGGCUAGCCAAGGCUAUGUAAUGAGGCCUUGUCUUUUAAAAAAACAAAACAAAAAAACAAACUUUUUUUUAAUUAAAGAAGAAAAUCCUAACUCUGAGGUAGUAAUAACUUGAAUAAUCAUUCUAGAAACUCACUGGCUGAAAACUUAGAGAAAGAAUCCACAAUAAUGGGAUAUUGGGGCUAGAGGAGACAAGAGAGGAAAGGGCAAUCCACCAGAGAGUUCAAAUACAGGGGCCAGGCAUGGUAAUGCAUGCCUGUAGUCCUAGCAUUUGGGAGGUGGAGGUGGGAAGAUCAAAAAAAGUUCAAGGCCAGCCUUGGCUACAGAGUAAAUUCAAAGCCAGCCUGGGUACAUGAGACCCUAUCUCAGACAGACAAAACAUAUUCCAACUAUAUGAGUGUUUUAAGACAAAAAGUCUAGACAAGUGUUAGAGUUUAAAUGCCCAUCAGCGUUAAUCUCUUUGGGGAAUGAGCAUAUAGAACUUCAGCCUUCUUAAAAUACAUAAGAAAAUAGAAAAACUUCCCAGUAAUUAAGCCAGAUCAAGGUAGCAAUGAGUAAGCAAUUUUUACUAUGUUUUUAUUGCACUAGAUUUACUAAAAAAAUGGUUUGAAUUUUGACUGUACUAACUCCAAGUGUAAUGACUUACAAUAAUUUAUUUCUAAGUGGCAUAAUUGCUUAUUAU